GAACAACCGCGAUCAUGACCACCCAGCAGUGUCCCCUUGCCUAUCCGGACAAGUUCCAUGCUGCCGCAAAAUUUUGGAAACUCCGUCUGGCAGGAGCCAAAACCCUGUCACAGGAGAACCAGCUUCUCCUGUACGCCCUCAACCAGCAAGCAACCGUGGGACCGAACACUACAGCACGUCCGUGGGGCUGGAACGUGGUCGAGUCCACGAAAUGGCAGGGCUGGAAAGAGCUCGGAAAUAUGACAACUAUGGAGGCUAUGCGGUUGUUCGUCAGAACCCUUGACGACGAACAGCCCGACUGGUGGGUGCUGCUGGAGCAGAACGAGGCUAAGGCGGACUCCGAAGGUCCUGUAGCUGCAGCGGCCGCCCCCGCCCCAACCCGCACGGUCGCCCAGCGCGCCCUCUUGGGACUGUGGACACAUUUGGAGGCGGCGACCGAGGCCGGCAAGCGGCCGAUGCCCCGAUACGAGUCGGCGGCAGCUGUGCUGGGCGGCAACAUGUACGUGCUGGGCGGAAACUACGGUGGGCGCUACUUGUCAGACCUGUGGGCCUUGGAUCUUGCGGCCGGCACCUGGUCGCCGCUGCAGCUGCAGCCCGCGGCGGGGACCGGCGCGGACCCCGCGGCUGCAGCGGCCGCGUUCCCGCCCACCGCUGGUCACACGGUUACGGUCUGGAAUGGAAAGCUGUACGUUCUCGGCGGACACACGAAGGCCAAGGGUGACGCGGCGAUGGUCUUGCGCGUGUUGGAUCCCGCAGCGUCCACCGUCGCUGAGCCGGUGACGUCUGGCCAGGCGCCUUCAGCACGCGGCGGCCACACCGCCACGUUGCUCGGUAACAAGCUCUGGGUUAUCGGCGGGGAGGAUAGCGCCCGGAGGGCCUUAUCUGAUGUGCACGUCCUGGAUCUGGACACCCUCUCCUGGAGCACCCCUGAGAUCAGCGGCAAGGCGCCACUCGGUCGCUCAGCGUCCUGCGCGACGGCGCAUCAGGACCGCUACAUCGUCAUAUUCGGAGGUGGCUCCGUCGCCACUUGCUUCAGUGACUUGCACAUGCUGGACACUCAUGAGCUGACGUGGACACAGCUGGCGCAGGCGGGUGCCAAGGUGACUCCCCGUGCGGGGCACGCGGGCGCCGUACUGGGCGGCAUCUGGUAUAUUGUGGGCGGCGGCAACAACGUCAAGGGUUGCACGGACCUGCUGGCAGCGGACUUGUCGGGGCUUCCGGCCUCGGGGACCGUUACCUGGCACGUUGUGACCUCAGUGGCGCUGCGUGACCCGCUCAGCAGCGAGGGCAUCAGCCUUGUCGUACUACCGUCGGAUCGGGUCCUGGUGGCGUUUGGCGGUUAUAACGGUAAAUACCAGAACACCGUCAACCUCUUCCGGGCGCCGGAGGGCUCAGCGGCGCUGCUGGCUGGAACGCUGGCUGCGGCGGCGGAGGCAGUGGAGGAGGCAAAGGCUAAGCUGGCGAAUGGUGGCGCUCCUGAUGGCUCAGCGGCGGCGGAGCUGCGGCUACAGGUUUCGGAGCUUAGGGCGCAGCUGGAGGGCGCACGGAGCGAAGCGGAGACAGCGAUCCGGGAAUCGGCGGCGGCUAAGGAGAGCGCUGCGCAUGAGCUGGCGCUGCUGCGCAAGCAGCUGACGGCCGCACAGGCGUCACUGGCUGAGUCAAACAAGGCUCUUGAGGACACCCGGAGCAAUCUGAGCGCGGAGCAGUCCAAGGUUCUUAAAUUGGAGGCCCAGGUGGCGGAGCUGCAGGCUAAGCUGGGGCAGCUGGGUGAGCUGGAGCGGGAGAUGGAAAAGUACCGGCGGGCUGCCCGCGAGGCGGCGGAGAAGGAGGCCGCCUCCAAGAAGGGAGGCGGUUUCUGGGGCUACAUUGCGGGCUCCAGCGGCUCGUCGUGAGGAAGAGGAAGAUUGCAUUUAUAGCGUUUUGCCGCGGCACCGGAUAUAUCUCUGUGGAUAUAUAUCCCGCGUUCAUCGUAGUUCAUCUUUAUGAUGGUUGGACGCGUUGAGCAUGUCGUGGCGUAGUGGGUGUGGAUGAUGGGCGUGGUUUGGCGGAUAAGAGAGAGAGACAGACAGAGUGUGUGUGUGUCUGCGUGUGACAAUUACACCUUCAGUUGCAUUACGCGAGUGGCGGAUAAGUGCAGUUUGACUGCAUCAAGAACCUCAUCAGCGUCCAGAUGCCCUGGGACACACACGUGGACGUGGGCAGCCUCGGCAGCUAUCAAGGCAGCUGGAUAUCGUCAUCUUGGAAUGGAGUGCUGGGUGGAAGCGACGUGGUUGGGAGGGGCUGACUAUACUGCUACUAAGAGGAACCCAACUAUUGCUUCCCAAUCUGCCUUAACCUUAUUACACCGG